UGGUUGAUAAGCAAGAUUGAGGAGGGAUAAGAGCACAAUGAGCCGGGUAGUCGUCGUGCUCCUUCUGCUCUUAUCGACCCUGUUGAGGGGAGAGGAGAACAGCAGCAGCAGUUCGUCACCUCCACGAGGCUACGGAGAUCCCUGCACUUGUGAUCGUGACUGCGACCUCAAUCAGUGGCUGACAUGUCAGGAGGGGCGUUGCCUCUGCCUCGCGCCCAGUCUCAAGUUUGACCAUCACCGCACCUCUUGCGUCGUCCGGCUGGGUCAGAAGUGCUUCGAGGUGGUUGGAGGCCAGUAUCCCAACCGCCCUCCCUUUAUUCGCUGUGUGGAGGGCGCCUUUUGCAGCAUCAGCGUUGGCGGACUCUGCGCCUGCAACACCUACGGCUACUACGAGUCGCAAGACGGGACCAGGUGCGAACCGAGGAAGGAAUUCGGAUCCAAGUGCGAAAACCCACUCGAGUGCAAGACGGACGCUUGCAGUUUGGAGGAUGGGUGCACUUGUCGGGAAGGUCAAUACUACGACUUCGAGCGAGAAAAAUGUUUGGGUCUCGUCGGCGCUUUCUGCUUUAUGGACACGGAGUGCACUCUCAACGCCAUUUGCAACGAUGUCGAGGCCAAAUGUGUUUGUGGUCCAGGAUUCUCUUCCUCCACACCAGGUCAACCUUGCGCCCCACAACUCCGACUCGGCGACCCUUGUGGUGGCUCACUCACCACCAAUUCUACCACCGCCGCCACCAACUGCAACAAUCCCAGCCUGUCCUGCAUCCAAAAUCGAUGCGAAUGCCGUUACCCAAACCACCAAAUUGUGGAUACGACCACGGCGAGUUGUCUCUCGAUGGUUAGAUCCGCCCCCUGCUCGAGUGACGCUCUUUGUGUUUCUGGAGCCAAAUGUGUUCAAGACGCAGCGACGGGAUUUUCCGAGUGUCGCUGCAGUCCAGGUCAUCUCGAGGUGGGUGAUGGGUCCUGCCAACCCUUCAAAACCUGGGGCGAUGUCUGCACGUCCGCGGAAGAAUGUGACCCCAUAACGCCACUCGUUUGCAAGGACGGUCACUGCGACUGUCCCGACUCCCUCGCCACUUUUGACUCUGAGAGGAGAACGUGUCGCGGGCUGCAUGGAUUUCGUGGCUGUGCAAACGACGAGUCCUGCACCCAAUUCGCCACCUGUGUUCAAAGCAAUGCCAAACUGCCAGCCAAGUGCUUCUGCCAAACCCCGUCGUACAAACCUAACAGAGACCGAACAUGUGUUCCUGCAUAA